AUGCCUAAAGCACCUCGAAAAACGCAGCAUCUGCGACGUGAUAGUGGCAUAAGCUUCAUGCAACAGUCCAAUCGUUCAAGCCGCGAGAGAUACGUUCGAGAAAAGCGAGGUGAGAAGAAAAUUCAUGCAACAAAACAAUCAGAUAUACAACAUCAGUCCAGAAAACUGGCCAGUGGAAGUUGUGUCAAGAUACCAAAUGAUCUAAUCUUUGAGGAUGAUGGCAUGAGCGAAGACGAGCCCAGAGGACGAUCGCUGCUGCGAAAUUCUGUCAGGGGUAAGAGUGGUUCUAUGACGAGAAAUUCAUUGAGUACCAAGCGAACCGCGUUGGAUGAUACGGCCAUGAGCCAAGAGACCAUACACAAUGCCAUCAUACAUGCUGUGAAUGCGGGGAAAAUUUCAUUUCAAGUUUUAGCAGACACGAAUUUGACCAUUGAAAGCAUCACUGAGUUCUUCAAAAGGCACAAUGACGAACUCAUGAGUCAAUGGAAGCAAGGUCUGGAAGCGCAAAACUCGGGAGACGAUGACUCGGCAACUGUACAACAUCCCCAAGACAUUGCAAGCCAGCCAUUCAGCGUCCUGCAAGUCGCUUUCGGAUGGGCUCGAUCUAAGCUCAGAGAACAAAUCAAUGAGAAGACGACCAAGAGGAAGAAGGAUGAAGCGGGGGCACAAUUGAAAAGAGCACGCGAAAUCUACUUGAAGAAGAAAGCUGCUGGCAUAACCAAUCCGAAAGACCUCAUGGCGUCCGUUUCUGAUGCAUUGAAGGCCGAAACCCCAACUCCAAAACCGCACCCCACUGUAGCGCCAAUCACAAUUACCAUGACUGGACGUUCUCGGCAACACGCGCCCACGGAAGAGGACCGAGGGGAAUUUGAAUUUCAAAGAGAUCAUCUUGCAAAUAUGCGUUCUAGCUCAUUGCACCCUCCCGAUAAUGCCAGCAGUCAUAGGUCAGGAUCUGAUGUCUGGGUUGCCCCAUUUCCAUACCGAAAACGAGGCGAGCCUGUAGACGCGCUUGCCAACCUGUCACCACCACUAGAACUCCCUUUCCCAGAGAAAAAUGACCGAAAAGACGCAGCUCCUGCAUCAUUGCCUUCGACUACUUCAAGACUGAAUGGCCGAAAGUCUGACAAGGGAGCUUCCAUCAGAGACAAGAGAAAAUAUCAAUCCCUUUCGCGGAGCAGCGGGAUAAAUCUUUCGGAAGAGAUGGCCAUGGCUUCCAUUACAGAUAUUGAACCAAGCUAUCAACGUCCCAGAUCACCGGGAAAAAAACAGAGGGGCACGAGGGGUGUUGCGCCGCCAAUACACAGGAAGUAG